AUGAAGCCUUCCCCUCUUAAAACCUAUUUGAUGCGUCCAUAUAGCAAAGCAGCCAUUACUGAGAAGGUAUACAACUACCGUCAUUCAAGAGCUCGACGGACUGUAGAAAAUGCGUUCGGGAUUCUAGCCGGGCGCUGGAGAAUAUUUCUAAAGCCUAUUGAAACUCAACCAGAAACUGCCAAUCUAAUAGUUUUAGCUUCCACCUGCCUACACGACAUGCUUUGGAACACAUUAACAAAUAUUUCCCUUUUCGAGGAACCAAUGAGAAUGGAAAGUGAACACAUUCAUGGUGUAGCCAACCUCGAACCCAUUCGUAGAAAUUUCGUGAGAGAAGCGGCCAUCACCAGAGAUAAUUUCAAAAAGUACUUCGUUUCUGAUUAUGCUUCAGCAAGUUGUCCUUGGCAAUGGCACUCCAUUUUAUAA